AUGAAGGAAAAAAGUUGCUCAUUGUUAGCCAAAAAGAUAAGAAAACUUCCCCAAAAAAAACACUAAUAAAAAGAUGAUUUAAGUUCUCCAAUAGUUACUAAUGAAGACUUAUUAUCUAAGCAUAAAAGUCAAUGUUCAAGUUUACUGUCAAGUCCUGAAUCAACCAAAUUUAUACCUGGUAGCAUGCUAGAAUUCUUAUUAAAUAUUGAAGACCUACAUCUCCCUAUCUCUAUUUGA